GCCCGUAGAGGCGACUCUUCGAGUCAUAAUACAAGAUAUGGGGGCACUGAAAGUGAACUUCCUUGGAGCUUCAUCCCAGAGCGUUGUUAUACCCGAAGUUCAAGUCGUCAACUUUCCGGACGAGUAUGUUCUCACCGGAAUUAACAGACGUUUGCUGAGAUCACCAGAUUUCAAUGUUAAAAACCUUGAAGGAAUUUCGAGUAAUGCUAUUAAGACGUUUAUUGACAAACUGCACGAUAUCACAGAAAACUCGGUUCAGACGAUAGGCACAAGUGAAACUCACACCGAUGCGUUAGUGGAUGAUCUUCUUCGCGUUGUUGGUUUGAACAACUUCCCCCUGAAGAUUAAAAAUAACCUGCCAUGCAAACUAUACAUUGGUGAUGAGCCUUACGUAUCAUCAGACACCGAAUUUGUGGUAAAGAAGGAAAACAUAGCCGUUCUUGUGGACAAACACCUGAAAAAUGUCGGGUAUGCUACUGAUUUUGGAGAAUCACAGAUCGCUGUGGAGAUUCUUUCUUGUGGUAGUGAGAAUAUACGCUCCCUUGGGGAAGCGAGACCUAGAGAUCAGACAAUAUGGGCCGUUCGUGUAAUCUCUACAUAUGUUACUUUUUAUAAAGCUAUGAUUACUGCAACGUAUUGGAUGGAACUUGCAAACGGCCUACCGAAAGAAGAGUCAGUUAAGGUUCAAAGAUGGCCAGCUAAGAAUGGUUUGACGACUGGUUUCGAUCUUGCUGAACCAGGAGGAAGACGUUCAGUUUUGAUAGCAUUAAUCAAAAUUC